AUGGCGGCGCAGAAUCACAGUGUGAAACGUGAGGAGGUGAGAGUUCCCCGGAAUUUUUAUCUCUUGGAGGAACUUGAAGAUGGUCAGAAGGGUUCUCGUGAACCUACUGUUAGUUGGGGCUUGGAGGACCACGAGGAUUCCACCCUGGUCAGGUGGAAUGGUACUAUUGUUGGACCCAGUCGGACUCCUUACGAGAGCCAAAUAUAUCAUUUAAGAAUCGAGUGUGGUCCCAAGUAUCCCGAUUCACCUCCAACUGUUUGGUGA